CCGGCGAGCCCCAGUCCCGGCCCCCGGCCCCGGGCCCGGCUCCGGCAUGGAUGUGAGAUUCUACCCCGCGGCGGCCGGGGACCCCGCCGGCCUGGACUUCGCGCAGUGCCUGGGGUACUACGGCUACAGCAAGUUUGGAAAUAACAAUAACUACAUGAAUAUGGCAGAAGCAAACAACGCUUUCUUUGCAGCCAGCGAGCAGACGUUCCAUACACCAAGCCUCGGAGAUGAGGAGUUUGAAAUACCCCCGAUCACGCCACCUCCAGAGUCGGACCCCGCUCUGGGCAUGCCUGAUGUACUUCUACCUUUUCAAGGCCUCAGCGAUCCGUUGCCUUCCCAGGGAAGUGAAUUCACGCCCCAGUUUCCCCCUCAAAGCCUGGAUCUUCCUUCCAUUACAAUCUCAAGAAAUCUCGUGGAACAAGAUGGCGUGCUUCAUAGCAGUGGGUUGCAUAUGGAUCAGAGCCACACCCAAGUUUCACAAUACCGUCAGGAUCCCUCCCUGAUCAUGAGGUCCAUCAUCCACAUGACGGAUGCUGCUCGCUCUGGGAUCAUGCCUCCUGCCCAGCUCACCACCAUCAACCAGUCUCAGCUCAGCGCCCAGUUGGGGUUGAAUUUGGGAGGUGCCAGUGUGCCCCACACGUCUCCUUCACCUCCAGCGAGCAAAUCGGCGACUCCCUCCCCUUCUAGCUCCAUCAAUGAAGAGGAUGCUGAUGAAUCCAACAGAGCCAUUGGAGAGAAAAGAGCUGCUCCAGAUUCUGGCAAGAAGCCCAAGACUCCAAAGAAAAAGAAAAAGAAAGAUCCCAAUGAGCCACAGAAGCCAGUGUCAGCAUAUGCCCUGUUUUUCAGAGACACACAGGCUGCAAUUAAAGGUCAAAACCCUAAUGCAACCUUUGGAGAGGUCUCAAAAAUCGUAGCAUCUAUGUGGGACAGCCUUGGAGAAGAACAAAAGCAGGUCUAUAAAAGGAAAACGGAAGCCGCCAAAAAAGAAUACCUGAAGGCCCUGGCUGCGUAUAGGGCCAGCCUCGUUUCUAAGGCUGCUGCCGAAUCAGCAGAAGCCCAGACCAUUCGUUCUGUUCAGCAGACCCUGGCGUCCACCAAUUUGACCUCCUCCCUCCUUCUCAGCCCUCCGCUGUCUCAGCACGGAACAGUGUCGGCCUCCCCUCAGACUCUCCAACAAUCGCUCCCUAGGUCAAUCGCUCCCAAACCCUUAACCAUGAGACUCCCCAUGAACCAGAUCGUCACUUCGGUCACCAUCGCAGCCAACAUGCCAUCGAACAUUGGGGCUCCACUGAUCAGCUCCAUGGUGGGCUCGGCGUCCUCCACCCAAGUGAGCCCUUCAGUGCAGACCCAGCAGCAUCAGAUGCAGCUGCAGCAGCAGCAGCAGCAGCAACAACAGAUGCAACAGAUGCAGCAGCAGCAGCUCCAGCAGCACCAGAUGCAUCAGCAGAUCCAGCAGCAGAUGCAGCAGCAGCAUUUUCAGCACCACAUGCAGCAGCACCUGCAGCAGCAGCAGCACCUCCAGCAGCAAAUCAACCAACAGCAGCUGCAGCAGCAGCUGCAGCAGCAUCUCCAGCUGCAGCAGCUGCAGCACAUGCAGCAUCAGUCCCAGCCUUCUCCUCGGCAGCACUCCCCUGUCACCUCCCAGAUUACAUCCCCCAUCCCCACCAUCGGGAGCCCCCAGCCAGCCUCUCAGCAGCACCAGUCACAGAUACAGUCUCAGACACAGACUCAAGUAUUAUCGCAGGUCAGUAUUUUCUGA